AUGCGUUUGGGUACAGUCGUUCCGGACUUCUCUGCCGUCACUACCAAAGGUCCGAUAAACUUCUACGAAUGGGUCGGUGAAUCUUGGUGCGUUUUGUUUUCUCAUCCCUCUGAUUUCACACCAGUAUGCACCACCGAGUUAGGCAAAAUGGCCGUGCUGGUCGACGAAUUCACAAAGCGCAGUGUCAAAGUCUUGGGUCUGUCAUGUGAUAAAUUGGAAAGCCACGUAGAUUGGAUAAAUGACAUCAAAUCAUAUUGUCUAGACAUUAAGGGAGAAUUCCCAUAUCCCAUUAUUAGUGACAGCACUCGAGACUUGGCUGUAAAACUAGAUAUGAUCUCCGAGGAAGACAAGGACAAUGUUGAGUUGGCAUUGACCAUUCGAUCUCUUUACAUCAUUGGACCCGACAAGAAGGUUAAACUCAUGAUGGUUUACCCGACUAGCACUGGUCGUAAUAUUCAAGAAAUUUUACGUUGCAUUGAUUCACUUCAGUUGUGUGAUAGAAAAAAUACCAUUGCUACACCUGCAAAUUGGGUGCCCGGCGAAAAAGUUAUGAUCCUGCCAACAGUAAAAGAUGAAGACCUCGAUACACUCUUUCCAAAUGGUUAUGAAAAACGCUCAAUGCCUUCUUCAGUUGAUUACUUGAGAACAACUACCGAUUAUUAA